UUAAAAACCGUAAUUUACGUUGCAUAAUUAAAGCAGAAAACAACUACCAUCACCUAUGUCCUACCUUUCCGGUCUGAAGAUGGGGAGCAAAGCGCAGAACUCCACGGUAAGCCAUUCCCGGUGAUGCUAUAAUUCGGUAAAGACACAGUUCAAAACUUCAAACACUUCAUGAUAAGUCGCACCGUCGCGACUCGCAACCAAGUCCGGAGCUGCGGCCGUACAGAUAGUAGAUGGAUGAUGGAUCCGAUUCCGAGCUCUUAAAUCUCCCACAUCUAAAACUGCAGAAAAAAAGCUUCAAGCUUACUGAAAUCGUGUGCACAAACAGAGAAUAACGAACUGGAAAAGGAAAAAGUCACCCAUGAAACCUGACGGGCAAAAAUGUAACAUAUUCUGUUACUUUUGUAACGUUUUGUUGUGGUUUUGCAAAUCUGCAGCAAGCUGCAAGGAUUAGCGGCGCAAGCAAGCGCCACCUGCUCCGUUGGCUGGCGGCCGUCACGCUGCUGUGCGUCUGUCCGUCUACGUAGCCGUCGCCUCGUAUUGAUUUCAUUCAGUUGAGUUUGCUUUACAAGUUUUGGCAAGAGACUUGAGUCAGCUGCCUAUUCUGCAGAAAAUUAAAGUUGUGGAACCUGAAGAUGUGCAAUUGCUGUUUACGCUGGCUUAUCGUCUGAUUUACAUUAUUUACCGACAAGUAUUCAUCGUGUAACUGGCGUAAAAAACAAAGUUACCGCGGCGGUACAAGUGUCGUUGGAUGGAAUUGACCAGCGAAGCGAUUUUUUAUGGUAAGAGGACGCUUGUUUUCUGCUGCUCUUUCCGUACAAGUUGAAGUAGGCUACAAUUGCUGACAGUUGUACGCGUUUUCUCGUGUCGCAACAGGGAUAGAUGCUGCAGCAGGUCUGGAUUGCGUCGCGAAGGAGGAUUGCAUGAUUGAUCUGGACUGCAUUAUCAUUUGAUCCUGAUUUUGCGAUUUUGUUGGAUUUUCUUCGGAUCUGGCUUGUGAUGGAUGCAGCAGAAUGACGGGGAGUUGAGUUUCGUUGCCACCAGAUUGCUGGUGCUAUGCAAAAGAUGGCAGCUGACACGGUGCAGGACGCCAUGGACUCCGGCCCAUCAGAACCGCUGAUGAAGCCCAGCGAUUACGUAGCGAAUCAUCUGUACAGCUCUGAUUCGGACUCUGCACAUUCCUCCGGCACUGACACGGUGGUGGUCUGUCCGGAUGUCGAUAGCAACGCGGUCUCGCCGACCGGCGGCGGACGUCUGCCGGCAUCGGAUAAUAGCAGUGGAUCGACUAUCAAUGCAUCGGUGUCGCGCACCGGGGAGAAUAAGGAGAAUGUGGCUGUGAAAAAUGCCGGUGCUGCUGGUGCGAUUCGCCCACGGCCCCACAACCAUACGAAUGCAAUCCCGAAAGAUGUGCCCGAACCCGAUAGGAGGUCGGAAGCUAGCUCUGAGCAGACGAGGGUAUCGAAAUUUAAAGUGGUCAAGUUGGAGAGUAAAGCGCCGUAUUGCAGAGGGAGGUGGCAGUGUUUUGAUUUUCACGACCGUCCUAAAGAGCAAUCGAAACUCCAGCCAAACGAUCGCCCUGCGGCUGACCCAUCAGCCACCUCCGUGGUGGCUCCCCCUGCCACCGCAGCAGCGACCGCGCCUGCCCAGGUGCCCAGCGCAUCCAGCUCCGUGUCGGAUCCCUUGGAGGUCCCUUCCAACCUCCACACCAAACCCUCCAAAUUCAAAGUCACGGCGGUCCAUCUACCGGUGGGCGGCGGCGUUCCCGGACCGCCACCGGUGGUCAUCAGUAAAGGCGCGCCGACGGACAGCUCGGAUUCGACAUCGGUGUCAGAUUUGAGUGUACGGACCAAUGUGCUUUCCAAUGGGGAGGGGGAAUCCGCGACUGGGAAGGAUGCGGCGGUGUUUGUGUCGGAUUCCAAUGCGGCGUUGUCGGCUGAGCUGUCCCGGCGGACAACGAUUGAUGUCGGGGCUAAUGGAAUGAGUGAAAUUUCUGGAAUUAGCCUGGACAACAAAAUCCGGCAGUGCAUGGAUUUGGUGGGAAAUCAUUUAAUAAUUGCUGUUCGUGGCGAACUGGAGACCGUUUCUAGUGAACUGGCCAAACUGCGUGAUAAAGUUGAACAGCUGGAAUUUGAGAACAACGCGUUAAGGUCGGAGAAUGCCAUACUACGCAGUGCAGCCGCGGGAUCCGAUGCCGUGCACAGGAGUCAACCGUCACGGAAGAAAUGACGGCGUUGUUUUUGGAAAUACCUGUAUAUUUUUUAUAUUACUCCUCUUGCUCAUCUAAGCGCUUUCUUUUCUUUUGUUGGAAUUGUGGGUUGUUGGGAAUAUCGCUCCAGAAGUGAUGUGGAGAGCUGUUUUAACCUGGAUGGAAAUUUUACAAAAUCUCCGGAUGAUAGGACAUUAAGUCCAGAAUGGUUAUUGUGGGUGAGGUUGUUUUGUUACAGUAAAAUUUGCUGUGGGAGAAUUUUUUAAAGAAGUUUUCGACAGAUUAUUUUUGGAGAUUCCAUUUUACUAUGCGAGCUUGCCAUACAAAACCCGCUGUAUUGUUCUAUUGAAAACUGUGUUAGUGCACUGGGGGUAAGAGAAGUGUACGAGAAAACUCAUCGAGACGACGAGAAGUGAAUAAAGUUCAGAGUU